CUUCGCACGACCUGCACACGUAAACAGACCCAAGAAAAACUCUCUCGGAACAAUGUGCGGAGGCGCCAUCCUCGCGGAACUGAUCCCGCCGACGCGGCGCGUGGCGCCGAAGCCGGUGACCGAGGGCCACCUCUGGCCGGCGAGCUCCAAGAAAGCCGGCAGCGGCAGCAACAAGAGGCACCACCACGAAUACGCCGACGACGACGAUUUUGAGGCCGCCUUCGAGGAGUUCGACGACGACUUUGACGUGCACGAAGACGACGAGGACCACCCUGACCACUUCGUGUUCUCGUCCAAAUCCGCUUUCUCCCCAGCGCACGACGGCAGGCGCGAUGCGCGAGCCGCGGCGAGCCAGAGGACGAAGCGCGGCCGCCGCCACUUCCACGGCAUCCGGCAGCGUCCCUGGGGCAAGUGGGCGGCGGAGAUCCGCGACCCGCACAAGGGCACCCGCGUCUGGCUCGGCACCUUCAACACCGCCGAGGACGCCGCCCGGGCCUACGACGUCGAGGCGCGCCGCCUCCGCGGCAGCAAGGCCAAGGUCAACUUCCCCGCAGCCAGCGCGCGCCCACGCGCACGCCGCGGCAAGGGCAACCCAAGAACCGCGCCGAAACCUGCAGCACAGGCACAGCCCGCUCUGCUCCUUCGAGGGGAGAAGGGUCUGGAAGGAGUUGCCGUGAAGCCUGAAACUACUAUGGACAUGUUCGACGUGGGCAGCUUCUUCGACAUGACCUUCCCCACCUUCCCAGCCGCGCCGGCGGCGGCCAUGGAGAGCUCCUUCGCUGGCAGCAGCGCCACGUCGGAGACCCGGAGCCCCGGGAAGAAGCUGAGAUACGACGACGGCGACUCGUCCGAGGGGAGCGGCUGUGGCUCCGCGCUGGAGCUCGCUGACGAGCUGGCGUUCGAUCCGUUUAUGCUACUGCAGAUGCCCUACUCUGGCGGGUACGAUUCCCUGGACGGCCUUUUCGCCGCAGAGGCCGUGCAGCAGGACGUGAACAACGACAUGAACGGCGUCAGCCUGUGGAGCUUCGACGAGUUCCCCGUCGACGGCUAUGUUUUCUGACGUACCCUAGCUAUCAGCUGCUGUACUCCUACUCAGUUGAACGAUGUUGGUGUUCAACCGAUCAACCGGACGAUCGAUGCGGCUGAUGGCCACUUUGGAGAAUGCUUACUGCUAGUACUAUUUGCUGCCUUGUGUAAUCAUUUGUGAUGGUACUGUUUGUGUGUUUGAUCGUUGUAGAUUCUGUAUCUGUAACGCUGCAGGCCCCCCUGAUCAUCAGAUUGUACUCCACUCUGAAUAUUUGUACUGUAUACUCGUUUGGUAUUUCCUACUGUUGGUCAAUAGUCCUAUGAAUUUGACCAUGUCGGCGAUGUUCCUUUAUACUGUACGGUUGUGAUUGUUAUGCAAAAUAAGCUUGUGAACCUGGUUCUAUAUAUGGUAUCUUGUUUA